AUGAACUUAAAAGAAUCAGAAUCUAUAAAUGAUUUUUUUAAAGAUGACACAAAAUUUAUCGGAGAAUAUAAUUUGCCUGAUUACAAAGUAUUGAGAGGAUAUAUACCAGGGUUUGGAUAAGAUCUUAGACUUUAUUAUACAAAAUUGGAUCCUCCUAACAAAAAAGCAUCAAUUUGUAUAAUACACGGAUUUGGAGAACAUUAAGGAAGAUUUUUACAUGUUAAAAUAAAUAACAAUUUUUAUUAGGUAGCUGAUUUCUUUGCGAAAAUGAAUUUUGUUGUACAUUUGAUUGAUAUGAGAGGUUUUGGAUUUUCAGGAGGACCAAGAGGAUCACAAGUAAUUACAGAUCUUUAAAUGGAUGUCGAGGUUCUUAUUAGAUAAGCAUCAAAAGAUUUACCAUUAUUUUUAUAUGGGCAUGCUAUGGGUGCACUUGUUAUAAUAAGUUUAUUGAUUCGGAAUUCAAAAUUAAAAAUUUCAGGUGUAAUAUGUACUGCUCCAACUCUAGGAUUUCCUUUAAAUAGAAAUAUUGGUCCAUUUAAAUAAUUUUUAAUCAAGAACUUCGGACAUUAUUUAGAAGUACAUAUUUAUUUAUAAUUGAUUUUUUUAAGGACUUAGUUAUAAAUACAAAUGUUAAUCCAACUAGUAUGAGUAAGAAUAAUUAACAUAUUUAAAGAAUUUUUGAGGAUAGAUUGAUUAUGCCAUUUUUGGGAGUGGGAAUGGCAAGAAGUAUUUAUAAAACAUUACCUUUUAUCUUUAAAAAUGGUGAGUUAUUUUAAUUUCCUUUAAUAAUAUUCCAUGGAAAAUAGGAUACAUAAAGUAGUUAUGAAGACAGCGUUAAAUUUUUUAAGUUAGUUGGAAGUAAGGAUAAAAUUAUAAAAUUAUUUGAUGAAGGAUAUCAUGAAUUAUAACAUGAUGAAGAAUUUUAGAGUAUAAAAUUAUAAUUGAAUGAAUGGAUAAAGAUAAGAUUGGCAAAUAGUAUACCAUUUGGUAAAUUAUUAAUUAACAAAAGGAAUAUUAUCAUAACCAAGAUUGUAGAAUGGGAUUCCUAUGAAAAAGAAUAAAAAGAAAUUGUUAAUUUUUUUGUUAAUUUUGUUUUUCAUUUAUUUUUGGAUUGUGUUUAUUAAAAAAGGUAAGUUUAGGAAGAUUUAAUAUCCAUUUGUACCAAUAUUGAUUUUGUAUAAGAAAUUCAUUAAAAAAUAAUUAAAAUGA